CAAAUGUAUAGUACCGUUGGGCGCAUGACUGAUACUGAACUAUAAUCUGUGCGGAUUACAGUCAUGUAUGCUUAUAUCUGUGAUUACAGUUUUGUCACUUUUUUGAUAUCUCUCAGUCCGCCAAACAAAAAUCAUUGAAAUGAACGGCCGUCGGUGGGACGGCUUUUGAAUGUGUCCCGUUCAAAUGUAACGGGACGUACCCAUUGAAGCGUUAGACGAUCGAAUCGCGUAUUUACUAUCGUACCAUGUCGGAUCAUUCGUCACUAGUCGCAACGUUCAAAGAAAAACUGCGACCCAGAUACUAUGGCAAGUCUGGUGGAGCGAACAGUCGUUACAUCAAAGAGAACAUUUAUUUCAACGGCAUAGCCUUGAAGGAGUCAUUGCUGCACGACAACGAGUAUCAGGAAACACAGACCCAUAAACGCAUGCUGAUCGGCCACAACAAUAAGACCGCCACUUACCCAAACAACAACAAGUGUCUAGAGCUGGAAAAAGGUUGUUUCAUAUAUCAGAACCCUGCAAGCCAUUACGACGAUAACGAUUUUAUACACAAGUUCACGGACAUGUCUAUGGUUAAUGAGCUCGGGGUGGUCAACAGCAAUUACACACAUUCCUUAGACACCAAAACGUAUAAUUUGAAAAAAAAUGACCGUGAAGAAAUUCGUAAACGCUUAGUAGAUGGUUAUCAUAACACAAGAAAGUCGACAAAAAAAUCAAGUUUAGAGUCUAGAUUACAAAAUGGUUCUAAUCUACAGCUAUGCUUUAUGAACGAACAAUCUUCAGACACGGAAUUACCAAUUAAUAAUUGCGACAUCUCAGCUGAAGAUGAAAAGCUAAAAUCUGCUGCUGAACUUAAGCAAGGUCUAAAUUUGGCAAAAAACCGAGCUCGAGCACAUAUGAUUUCAGACCAGCGCAAUUGUGUAAUUUCAGCUGUAAUUAAAGAAAGUCUUUCAAAAGUUGGAGUGAAGUUAGACAAUGAUAGAAGACGUGUCAGUAGACAUUUCUUAAUGCGUUUGAACUUGGCACAACUACAAGUUAUUGUUAAUGAUCUACAUUCUUACAUCGAAUAUUUAAACGAAAGCCUCGUGAAUUUAUUACUAGAAAGAGAUGAAUUACACAUGGCAAAAGAUUCAAUGUUAGUUGACAUUGAAGAUUUAAAACACGUUACUCGCAUGUCAUAUUAGUGCAAAAAACUACUUUCACAUUUUUGAAACUAUUUGUAUCUUAAAAGUGUGUGUAACUUUAAAACAUUAGAACUGUAGUGUCGGAUAUUCAUAUAUAAUAUCAUUAAUGUUUUUUUUUUCAUUCCUUCAAGUAUUAUACGUUAUAAUUUAUAAAAAAGGCUGUACCUAGAAUAUAAAUUUAGUAGGAGUUUUUAUGAAUAAGUCAUGAUGUUAAAUUGUAUAAAAAUUAUAAUAAAAAACAAAUCUCUUUAAAUAUGAUCAAAUUUCUUAAGGAGGGUGAACUUUUACAUGUACAGCCUUGUUUAUUGAUAUUUAGAUUAUUGAAACCUAUGGUUAGUGCCUAGAUUAUAUCGUUAGGUACUUAAAUUGUUUUAAAAGCAUUUAUUUCUGUAUUUCCUAUUAUUAUAUUAUAUCAUAUACUAAUGAUAUAGUAUCCUACUAUAAUAGGGUAUCACUUUGUAGUUAACUUCAUAAUUUAAAUAUAAUUAUGGAUGAUAAUUAAAAAUA